GCCGCACAUGAAGGCUGUCAGCGGAGUUGGUGCUGUAGCUUAACUUAGCCUAACUCCAAAAUAAUGUCUCAGCCGCCUCCUAAACCGUGGGAAAGACGAAUUCCCGGAGCUAUAACAGCUCCACUGAACUAUCGGUCUACAGACUUUGCUGCAGCGUCAGUGGGUGGACCUCCAGCAUCAGGCCCACCAAUCUUAACACGUGUGCCACCUCCAGUCCCUCCACGGCCUGUCCAGCAGAACUAUCGUCCGGCCUACAGCUCCUUCCCCUCCUCCUAUAGCCCCUACAGCUAUGGUGGAGGCUACAGCCCCUACAGUUACGGCGGAUACGGCCUGGGAGGCGGUUUGGGCUACAGCCGCUUCCGUCUGGAGGACGUACCACCCAGCCGCUUUGUCCAGCAGGCGGAGGAGAGCAGCCGGGGCGCAUUUCAGUCCAUCGAGAGCAUUGUGCAUGCCUUCUCUUCAGUCAGCAUGAUGUUGGACGCCACCUUCUCGGCUGUCUACAACAGCUUCCGUGCUGUGCUGGAUGUGGCCAACCACUUCUCCCGUCUACGCGUCCACUUCACUAAAGUGCUCUCUGCCUUCGCCUUGGUGCGCACUCUGCGCUACCUUUAUCGCCGCAUUCAGAGGAUUUUGGGAUUACGGCCAGACAUGGACGCUGAGGAUCUGUGGGCGGACAGUGUGGUGACGGCUGCUGGGGCCAGAGGACCAGGCCUGGACGAUUCAAGAGCAAACUCUGUGAAGUCUUGGCCCAUUUUUUUGUUUCUUGCUGUGGUUUUUGGAGGGCCGUACCUGAUCUGGAAGCUGCUAAGAUCUGAGGAGAGCGCAGAGGAGAGCGGCACUAACUGGGCAAGCGGUGAGGAUGACCAUGUGGUGGCUCGAGCUGAGUAUGAUUUCACAGCUGCUUCUGAGGAGGAGAUCUCCCUUCAGGCAGGACACAUGCUCAGUCUGGCUCCCAAGGAGCAACAGCCGAGGGUGCGUGGCUGGCUGUUGGCCAGUGUGGAUGGACAGACCACGGGACUCGUCCCAGCUAAUUACGUCAAAGUCCUGGGCAAGCGAAGGGGCAGGAGGCAGGCAGAGCUGGAGAGGCUGGCCCAGAUGCAGCAGGGUCAGCAGGUUCUACAGCCAGAACGAGGUCUGGUUACAGCCUCUGCGGGAAGUCCAGACCCGGAAGAGCUGCUGGAGUCUGUGUAUACCGAAACACCUGUACCACACACAAACUUAUCUAACACUGCUGCCACAGACACUGUGCUGGAGACUGCAGAGAAAAUAGAUUUAUGAGUGUUUAUGCACAUGUAGGGAGAGUCUGUUUGUGGCUGCGUGAACAACCCGUUCAAGGACAUUACGUCUCAUCAACAAAAACAUUAGCACGCAUCUUUUCUUUUUUUAAUACAUGAUAACACAUCCCUUUCUCCUCAAUAAGAGCCGAUAUCCCAUAAGGAUUACACCAGUCUCCUGAGGGAGCACUUGUCUAUUCUAGUCUAUUCUAGUCUAGUCAAACUGGGUUAACUUUUUAGGCAUUUCCUCCCUUCCAUCUGCUGUUCCAGAUUGAGGGAUUGAGGUCCAGUGAUUUUGGACAGUCACGUUUUCUCAGUCUAUCCCAGUCACAAACAAACACGCUACAUUACAAUGUGUGAGUCUUGUGUUCUGCUCUGAGUGGACUAGAAUGGACACAAAGUGUCUCGGGGGACUGGUGUAAUCCAUGGUGCAGUUAUUGAGGCAGUUGGUGUUUUGCCAAGUAUUAGAGAAGAAAUUAUACUAUUUUUUUGUCCAGAGACCUCAUGAAAGAGCAUCUUUAUGUGUGAAUAGCUCUGAAAACUCCAUCAGUUGGAGAACAUUUGGAAACAUGGCGAUAACUCGACUGGACUGAUGAUCUUUAAACUUAGAAUCAGGGCUGCACGACAUGGACAGAAUGCUAGUAUUGUGAUUGUAUUGGUGGAUGUUCUUCAAUACAAGUAAAACAGAUGGAGAAUCAGUUUUGUGACAUGGUUAAAAAAUUGGCCUGCAUUAUUUUGACCACACUAGUUAAUGAAUGAUUCAUAAAAAUGGGCAUAGAAACCCAUCUGGGGCUAUGAUUGGUCAGGAUGUACAUGCUCUGAUUGUUUAGAAGAGUAAUUUAUAACAUCUUGUCAUAACAGUACUGCAAAGGCCAAUAUUGUGACAGUGAUUCACAAGUGAUACAUUAUGUAGUCCUAGUUUCAUAGAAAGAAUCCUUUUAAUUUUAUUCAUAUCUAUAAAUAAAAGUCUAAUGUUGACGAAAGGUUAAUGUUCAGUGCAAACAAGUGAAUGAUGGCACUGCUUUUAGUGCAGACCAGUCUGAUCUGCUGACAAAUUUGGAGAGGAGAAUGCAAAAGCAGAAUAUGUUCUCAAAUCUAAUCCUGAUUAUAGCUUUAAAAGGAAAAGCAUGUUAGAUAAGCAGGUGUUGUCCUGGUUUUAGUAUGCCAUACUUUAUUCAUCUAAGUCAUCUAAGCUAAGUCCCAUUGAAUGUAAGUUCUGUUCGGUUCGUUCUCAAGCUUGCUAUGCGGUUCAACAUUUUGAAGGUCACUUCUGGCAUAUUUGCAGGUACUGACCUUACAUGUAAUUUAUGUUAAUGUAAGAAUAUCUAUCAUUGUAGACUUUAAAGUGUAUUUCAGCAACAAGAGGUUUGAGUAAAUGGGCGUAUCGUUCAUUAUGAGAUUUGUUUAUUGCUUUUAAUGAGAGCAUCUCUGGUAAACCUAAUAAACUUUUAGAUAAAAUUCAAAUGUUUUCUGUUAAUUGAUAACUGUUAUUGAGAACAUGCUUGGGCUAGACUGUGAGGUGGACAUUCUGGCUGCCUUUGAUAACUGUUCUAAUCAUGUUUCUGCACAAAAGUAGGCUGUUAUGGAUUCCAGCAGAUUGGAAAGCUCGUGUCUUUUUUCCUUAAUUAUGUAAUGGUUUUGUUUGUGCACUGUUAUGGUCUAAUAAUUAACAUACAUGUGUAAAUAUAAGGAAUUAUUUUGACAAUAAAAUAUUUUCAGAAAUCG